AUGAUGAAGCUCAAGUCGAACCAGACCCGCACCUAUGACGGUGAUGGCUAUAAGAAGCGUGCGGCGUGCCUGUGUUUCCGCAGUGAGAGCGAGGAGGAAGUGCUAUUUGUGAGCAGUAGUCGCCAUCCAGACCGAUGGAUUGUCCCCGGAGGAGGCAUGGAGCCUGAGGAGGAGCCAAGCAUGGCAGCAGUCUGUGAAGUCUGUGAGGAGUCUGGCGUAAAAGGGACACUGGGAAGAUUAGUUGGAAUUUUUGAGAACCAGGAGAGGAAGCACAGGACGUAUGUCUAUGUGCUCAUUGUCACAGAAGUGCUGGAAGACUGGGAAGACUCAGUUAACAUUGGAAGGAAGAGGGAAUGGUUUAAAAUAGAAGAUGCUAUAAAAGUGCUGCAGUAUCACAAACCCGUGCAGGCGUCAUAUUUUGUAACGGUGAGGCAAGGCUAUUCAGCCAACAAUGGCACCCUGGUCGUGGCCACCACAUACUCAGUUUCUGCUCAGAGCUCAAUGUCAGGCAUCAGAUGA